GGAGGAACUACGGGUGAAACCUAAUUUCUUAUUAGCUGACUAGCCUCGCGUUUGGUGUAGUUUGUCCCUGAAUCUUAGAAAACUGUGCGGAGGAGGUGGAAGUGCAGCUCCUUGCAUCUGAUCUGUCACUCUGACAUCUCCACUAAAUACCCCAGAUCCCCUUAUUCCAACUGCACCUCUGAACACCAGGAAGAAGAAAAUCCUCCCUCAUUGGGUUAGGAGUUUUCAACUGAGGCAUAGUAAUGGGAAAGAAGAACCAGUCACAGGAUGGAAGCUCGUCUCAGUCAUCUGAGGAGGAAGAAUAUGUAGUUGAAAAGGUUAUAGACAGACGAGUCGUGAAGGGCCGUGUUGAAUAUUUCCUGAAAUGGAAAGGUUUCUCAGAGAAGCACAACACCUGGGAGCCGGAGAAGAACCUGGACUGUCCAGAUCUCAUUGCUGAGUUCAUGAAGACUUACAAAAAGGGAAGCAACCCCCCAAGCAGCGGUGGAAAAUCCUCCAACACAAGUUCGACACCACGGGCCAAGGACGGUAGCAGCAACAAGAGAAGCUCGGCAGAGGAGGAUGAGGAAGGAGGCAGCAAAGCCAAACGGAAAAAAGAGGACGCUAUCCUCGUAGCGCGGGGCUUUGAGCGAGGCCUGGAACCGGAGAAGAUCAUUGGUGCCACAGACUCCUGUGGUGACCUAAUGUUCCUCAUGAAAUGGAAGGACUCAGAUGAAGCAGACCUGGUGCUUGCCAAAGAAGCAAAUCACAAGUGCCCACAGAUAGUCAUCGCCUUCUACGAGGAGCGUCUCACUUGGCACGAGGACGGCGACAAAAAGGAAAAGAGUGUAGUGGAGGCGUGAGGAGUGGGGUACCCCCCCACACGCGCGCACACACACACACACACACACACACACACCCAGACACACACCUCUAUUGACACACAUGCACCCUCAUAUCCCCCCUCCACGUGUCACUGGUUCUCAACUUUGAUAUUUUAUUUUUUUAAACAAAGAAGAGGGGAACCGCGAAAGAACAAGGCUUGCCAGGAGACGGGGCCCUCCCUGUCUGUCAAACAACCUUCGAUUCCAAAUCCAACUGAGAAACAGUCCAGAACGGUGAUGGCACAUUUGGAUUUAGGAUGGAAGGAAAGUGAUUUUAAUAUCCUAGGUUAUUAGUUUUCCCCCUACUCUAUGCUUCUGUUUGUUAAGUCAUCUUGCUCCUGUAAACUUCUUCUUACACUGUAAUUGUGGUGGGGUAAAAGGACCAGUGCUCUCUGGUUUGCUCCUAGAUUGUAUUUCCUCUGUUGGUGGUUCUCAAUCUAGCUUUGUAUCCCCCUUGCAUUCUACCUUUUCCUUCAUAGAUAGUAGAACUCGUCUGUGGCCCACUGAUUAGCCCAAGAUGGUGUGUUUAGCUAAUCUAAGGUAUCAUGCCAUGACUCAAAGGGAUAGAUAGAAGGCAUUGAGGCCAGAGAAGGAUUGAGAACCCUUAGUCCAUGUGAAUGGAAAAGAAUGGGAGGUUUGUGGCAGCAUUUUCUACUUAUUUUCUCUUCCGUGUUGGAUGAACUAUAAUAAACUGUGUAGGUCUUGUCAUAAUGUAUGAUGCUUUUGACCUGCUCUGACUUUUUUUUUUAUUUUUUAACACCAAUGUGUCAAGUUUUUUUUUUUCCAUUUUUGAUUGACCUAUUUGUAACUCGUUAAAUCAAAGAAAAUUGCAUCCCUAAGUUUUGUCAUGUGCAGUGAAAGGCAUAAUUGUAUAGUAUACAUUUGUAUUCUUGUACUCAGUAUUUAAAAAAAUCCUGAUAUUUCUUCCUCGAGGCCUGUAUUUUGACUUGUGUACUACUGCCCGCAGUGUUCCAAUUUGGCCAAGAGUCUCUCUCCUCGACAUGCCACUUUCAUCAUCAAAGCACAGUUUGUCGCCAGAACACUGACACAACCCAUAACCUGUCUUGACAAUCCCACAUCCCAAGCAGACCCCAGGAUUAGCCAGACAACACGCAGCACGCCGACGAGUCUGGGCCCACAUCUCCACCCAGUGGUGCGAGACCAAACAGGAUUGUUACCAAACCAGUAACUCUUGAUGAGUGGAACUCAUUCUGUUUUAAAUCUGUUUUUUUUUUUAAAUUUUUUUUUUAGGUUAUCAUGUGUUUUACUAGUUACAAGGCUUAGGAUUUUUUUUUUGUAUGUCCUUUUAUUAUUUUUGCUCUUAAAUGGCUAUCCACAUCCUCCCUCGGAUCCAUUAUUUUCUGUUAUUUCUUUCAAUCAGUGUGUUCAUUUAAACCACAUGUUUUAUCAUGGUGAAUGCUUUGUCCGGUCACAUUUUGUAUGUCUUGUAGCAUAUUCCAGUAAACCUAAUUUUCAACAUUA